CAGAGAUCCUGAGCAGGAGAAACGUCCCGGGACAUCCACCUGUUUCUGUUAAAUACUGAGCAUUUCCUCUGCUGUGUGACGGUGUAAGUUCACUCCCUGCUCCCUUAUAUCGUAUGAAACUGUCGUUUUUAAAUUAACAACUACUAUUUCAAUGCCCCAACUGUUUCUAGCGUCGAAGCUGUAGACCUUCUUUAUUGAAUCAUCUCCCCUGUGUACACGCUCUGGCUUGGUUGGCACACACACACCUAACGGGAGAGUCGUCCGACAACAACUGCUAAGCCUUACGUCACGACUAGUACCUGGACACAGAGAGCUCACCCACCGUCAGUAGUUUACAGGUAACAUUAGCAAUGAGUGGUGCUGUGAACUUUAAGAGCUGCGGCUCCGUGCUGGUGACGGGAGCCGGCCGAGGUCUCGGGCUGCAGAUGGUGGACAGUCUGGCGAGAGGAGGCUUCUCACCCGGCAAGAUCAUAGCCACGACCAGAGACCGGGCGAGCACGCAGAAACUUCAGGAACUGGCAGAGAAACAUCCCAACAUCCACAUCAUCACUUUGGAUGUAGUGAACCAGGAGAGUAUAGAGAAGUCAGUGGAAGAGGUAGGCCAGCUUGUACAAGACGAGGGUCUGAACUGCCUGAUCAACAAUGCAGGGAUCAAUGUGGUGGCCGACCUUCAUACCGUUACUGCAGAGAAGAUGAUGGAAAAUUUCCAGACUAAUGCUGUGGCUCCACUAAUGAUCACCAAGGCCUUCCUGCCUCUGUUGAAACAAGCUGCGUCGAGAGUCGGAGCAGGUGGUGCAGGGAGCAUGGGCAUCCAGAGGGCAGCAGUCAUUAACAUCACCUCUCUGCUGGGCUCUGUGGAGCUCAACUGGGGGGAAAGGGCCAACAACUUCAAAUGGUACCCCUACAGGACGUCCAAGAGCGCUUUAAACAUGGUGAGUCGCUGUCUGGCUGUAGACCUGGAGCCUGACGGGAUUCUCUGUAUGGCUAUACACCCUGGCUGGGUCCGCACUGACAUGGGGGGGUCUGAGGCUCCACUGAGCCCAGAGGAGAGCGUUUCUUCCGUCUUGUCUGUGAUUGGUGGACUGACUGAAAAGGAUCAUGGAUCAUUUCUGAACUUUACAGGAGAGACGUUGCCUUGGUGACCCAGAUUAUAAGCACUACUAUAGGAUCCUAAUGGCUUUUUAUUCAGUUAUGAUCAACCUUAACUAUGCUUGGAUAAAUGUAUCAAUGACUCAGAGUGAACAGUGUUAAAUCUUAACCAAGCUCUACCAUUUAAUAGAAAUCAUGCAUAUUUCAACUUGAUUAUAGGAGAGCAACAGUAUUUCAUUUCUUAAAGGAGAUUACUUUACAGUGUUCCCAAAUACUGUAGAUGACGUGUAGUGUGCUGUAGCUUGUCUUUAAUCCAUCUAUGCCCAAAGACUAUAUUUAGUAUGGUAAGGAAAAUACCACAACAUUAGUUCUGAUUGGUCAACAGUCUUAAAAUUUGGUAUAUACAUACUUUGGGUAAGUAUCUAACCGUACAACUUUGAAUUUCUAUUUAAAUCUGACAUUUCUCAGUGGUCAAAGUCAGGAUUUUUGAAAAAUUAGGAAAAACGCUUAAAUUGUGUUUAAAUGUCUUCCAUAUGAAAUAUAUUUUUAUGCCUCUGCGACAGCCGUGGCCGGAAGCCAUAUGUUUUCGGGUUGUC